UCAUCGCUCUUGGUCACCCGUAGUCUCAAAGUCGCAGCAAGUCGAUCAGUAGCCGGUCUAAGCUUGUCUCUGGGUUGUCUUGGAGGAUUUUUGAAACAAAGGAACAUAUAACUACUGCCAUGGCUUCGACAAAGGUCUGGAUAGUUGCUGCCGUUCUAAUGGCUUUCGCCGUUACAGGAGCUUUGACAGAAUGUAACGAUCUUGAAUCGUACUGCGAGACAUACGCGAAGAAUGGUAGCUGCUUUGGUUACCUCCGUCGGUUCAUGUUCCUCGUGUGUACGAAGAGCUGUGGCUACUGUAUAGGCGACGAUCUCAACCCGAAAAUAGAGGGUCUAGUUGGACGAAAGGGCCUGAUGCUCCGUACAGCCUUAGAAAAGGCGCUGAAGUCGAAACCAAACGUGGAGGCCAAAGUGGAAUCGAAGGAUGAAGAAAAGCAUGAAUCCAGUGAACAAACCACACAAGCCUAAACUUCUGGCGCAAUCGGAGAAUCAUCAAUUCCUCAUUGGCGAAAAUAUUUCCUAAACCCGAAAUUAACGGAUGCGCCUUCGAUUCAAUGUUGAUCAAAUGGGAAAACAUCAAUUCCAGGCACAUGUGUGCACAUACAGUCUAAAUCACAAUUGACAUCCCGUAAAUCGCCGUCAUCUACCCGCUACUCAGCGGGUAGGUCAAGCAUAAUAUACGCGAAAUAUAGAGAGAUAAGCGCCUCACUGGUGCGAUGACUGAUGUCAUUAUGAUUCAUGCCGAUCCACCGUCGUCGUGCGUGUGAGGAAACUUUAGGAGUGACAUUUACCGCCGAUAAGUCGGCAUGUUAAGAAGCUUCAAAAUGAAUUUAUUGUCGGCGUCACAAUCUGUAAAACUUUUGUUUUGCGGGUAGGCCUAGUAUUAGAAAGUGUGCCUUCUUUAAAUAUCAGGGGAGACAAUUAACUGAAAAGAGGAGGAAUUACAUUGUAUGAGGGAAUUAUUAGGGACAUGUAAGCUAUGUACAUUGAUUGGGCGUACAAAUUACAGUUCUUCUUCUAUUUUUAAGUAAACUUCCCCAGAGCUAUUCAUGGCUUAAUCAUUAUUGGAAGAUAGUGAUACAUAAGAAUAAAUCGCAGGGAAAGAGCGUAAUUUUUAGUUGGCUCCCGGUAGUUGUUUAGGAGUGGGAAAAUGUUCUGUGUUCAUGUCUUGUACUUAGAAAAUACAUGACAUAAUUUUACUUGCACAUGGUUGAAAAUACAUCAUUGUAACCAACACGUGUAAUCAUGGUAACCUAAAGAAUAAAGUAUUGUACAAUUUA